AGAUGAGCGAGAGAACUGACAGACAUAGUCCUCUCUGUUACUGCAGACAACAGGAGCGUUUGACCAGCAGCAGCGACAAUGCCUGACAUGACAGAACGGAUUUAGCCACUGUAGCAAUUACGGCAACAAUUUAUAUAUUAGAGAAUAUCAGACGAUAUUGUAAUAUUGUUGAAGGUCUCUAGAGCUGGUGUGUUUCUACUGCAUCAUCUGCCAUGGCAUCCCCCACUGGUACCCUAGAGAAUAAUCUGCACAGCGCCCAGAAGAACCUGCUCUUCCUCCAGCAGGACCAUGCCAAGACACUGAAAGGUCUACAUGCAGAGAUCCGCAGACUACAACAGCACUGUACAGACUUGACAUAUGAGCUGACAGUGAGAAGUUCAGAUCCAACAGACAGCAGUGAGGCACGCUGCAGGGAGCUACACAGUAAGUGUGAGGAGCUUGAGGCUCAGCUGAAAGUGAAGGAGGAGGAGAACACUGAGCUGCUGAGGGACCUGGAGCAGAAGAAUGCCAUGAUCUCUGUCCUAGAGAACACCAUCAAGGAAAGGGAGAAGAAGUACCUGGAGGAGCUGAAGAUGAAGAGCCACAAGCUGGCUGUCCUGUCUGGAGAGCUGGAGCAGAGAGCCAGCACCAUUGCCUACCUCACCUCUCAGCUCCACGCCACCAAGAAAAAGCUCCUGGCAGGCAGCUCCUCUGAGGCCAGCCCCAACGUCAGCCCUGUGAGCUCCUACAAGCCCACCCCUCCCAAAGCCAAGGACCGUCAGUCUGGCCCUGAGACCCCUCUACGCCGCAUGAAGAAGAGCCUUUCUCAGCCGCUGCACUCUGAGUUAACCGAGCUGUACCGGCUGGGUUCUGACGGGAGGAGGAUGGUCCUACGGGAGGCGGUGGACGCCAUGCCCGACCCCACCCCAUUUCUGCAGGCAGCUCGAGACAUGCCUGAUCUACAGAUGGUACGAGACCGGCCUGCUGUCAUCCCCCCCAUUGCCUGUGAUCGCUCGUCCAGCCCCCGCCACAGCCUGGCACGGGACCGUCAGCACCGGGCACACGUGGGCGUGGCACACCGCAUCCACCACAGCACCCCUCCACUAGCGCCGUCUCAGCCAGAGGUGGAGAUGCUGGCUGUGGACCAGGUCAAUGGGGACAAGGUGGUGAGGAAGCGAUCCGGGGCGGACAGAACAGUUUAACACACGACAAGAGCGAGAAGGAGCAUCACCUACUCUAUAAUCAGCUGCUUUUUAUGCAAUUCUGCAACGAGCAAAAGAAAGUAAAAUGGGAUACAGACAAAAAAAGAAAAAUGUCACUUUCUUCACUUCAAAAAAACGUUUUUAAUAUGUAGACACGGACUACUGCAAGCAUGCCAAAUGUUUUGUUUUGAAACCCAUGUGACUUAAACAUCCUGUCCUUUUUGCAUGGUCUCUCAUCUCACUCCAUCUUACAUCGUGCACAUAAACUUCUCUGCCAAACAUCUGCAUUGUUGCCUGCUUACCUGGUGAAUCCAAUACACAUGGUCAUAGUUAAUACGACAGUUAAGUUAUCCAUACUUCAUCUGGUCAGCAAUACUGUCCAGACAGAUAAACAAGCUAUGUGAAGUCUGCAGCUACGUACAUGUUAUAGAAGUUAACUUAUUCAACUAAUACUCCCUGAAUGUUUUUCAUCUUGUGAGGUUAAUACAUUAACAGAAACAAAUCACACAAAUGAAUUGGUUACAUGUCAUGGGCAUUUCUAAGACAUAAUCUACACAGAACUGUCUGACCUAUGUAUCCGUGAUAUCUGUAAAUAUGUGAUGGAUUUUUAAUUUAUUGUUUGUUUUACUUUUAAUAUAGAAAAAAUACAUCUCAAGUAUCGAAAAGUGGCAUAAUCACUUAUUGUCAUGCUUCUCACAUCACACUUACUCGUCCUUGAAUACUAUGUAUAUGACAAUAUAAUAAAGCAGUCUUUUUUUGUUAC